AUGCCUGGAGCUCCUGUCAGCACUGAAGUUUCUAUUACUUCACUGGGCUACAGAAAGUAUUGGUACAAUGGAUCUUCAACAGACAGAAGUGUCCAUAGCCCAGAGCUCUGGACUGAGAUGUCCCCCAGCAUGGAUUGUGACAUCGUUGCUGCUUUAAAGAUGGAUCAGGCUUUGAUAACAUUUCAGAACCAGCUGGCAGAAGAGGUGCAAGUCUACUACACCUCAGACUACUGCUAUAAGUGUGUGCACCAGCUUUUGACCUCAGUCAAAUCAGACAACAGCAGUUCAUCUGCGAUCAUCAGCACCAAAUUCACUUUAACAAUUCAAGUGGAGACCAAAACCAGAAACAACUCAUUGUGCAAGUGGAGCCAAACCUAUGGAGAAGGGGGACAUUACUUGAUCAACAUUUCAGGAGUCCUCAGUGAACCAAGCUGCAGCCAGAUCGUCCAGAAAUCACCUCACAAUGUUUACCUGCCUCUCCUCGUGUCAACUCUGGUCCUUGUUUUUCUGUCUGUCUUGUUUGCAGCCGCUCCGUACAUCUACAGGAGGCGCAAUACAUCUAAGUUUAUCAGGGCCAUUUGCUGCAGAAGCCCUCAGUAUUCAAUGGACAAUAAUGAACCUCCAGCAGAAUCUGACAAGCCCAAACCCACUCGUCUUCAAUCACUGGACACAUUUCGAGGGUUUGCGCUGACGAUAAUGGUAUUUGUAAACUAUGGAGGAGGAGGAUACUGGUUCUUUCAACAUGCUCCUUGGAACGGUCUGACUGUAGCUGAUCUUGUCAUGCCAUGGUUUGUGUUCAUCAUUGGUACAUCGGUGGUCUUAGCCUUCAGCUCGAUGCAGAGGAGGGGGUUGGGGACGGGUCAGCUCGUUCGUAAAGUGACCUGGAGGACUGUGGUGCUGCUGCUGCUCGGGUUUUGCUUCCUCAACUACUCCCCACGCGACGGACCACUGUCGUGGUCAUGGCUGAGGGUCCCUGGGGUGCUGCAGCGUUUGGGUUUCACGUACCUCGUCCUGUCUCUGCUUCAGAUUUUCUGGGGCCAGAUCUCGAUCCCUCACAGAACGCCGUUCCAGGACUUAACCCUGUAUUGGCCUCAGUGGCUGAUCAUCGUCCUGUUGGAAACUCUGUGGUUGUGUCUCACCUUUCUGCUCCCGGUACCAGACUGUCCCACAGGUUACCUUGGCGCAGGUGGAAUCGGGGACAGUGGUCUUUACCCAAACUGCACUGGAGGAGCGGCAGGACUCAUUGACCGCUGGAUGUUUGGAGACAACAUGUUCAGAUAUCCCACCUGUAGAGAGAUGUAUCAGACCACGCAGCCCUUUGAUCCAGAGGGUGUCCUGGGCACAAUAAACUCUGUACUGAUGGGGUUUCUGGGGAUGCAGGCUGGGAAGAUUAUCAUUUUCUACAGAGGGUCCAACGUCAGCAUCCUGGGACGGUUCGGAGUGUGGGCUUUGCUGUUGGGAAUCUCCGCUGCCAUCCUUACUAAGUGCACGAGAGACGUGGGAUUUAUACCUGUCAAUAAAAACCUUUGGUCUUUGUCCUUUGUGACCUGUUUGGGCUGCUUCUCCUUUGUGCUGCUGGGAGCCAUGUAUUUAGUCAUCGAUGUGAGAGGCUGGUGGAGAGGACGGCCAUUCAUAUACCCAGGUACAAACUCCAUCCUGGUGUACGUGGGCCACUCUCUGCUGGGGUUCUACUUCCCGUUCAGCUGGGACAUGCGUGUCUGGGACAGUCACUGGGAGCUGCUCUUCAUGAACAUUUGGGCCACUGCUCUGUGGGUUCUCAUCUCCUACCUCCUCUACCGCAAACGAUUCUUCCUCAAAAUAUGA